UUCUGCACCACCUCCUCUUCUUCCCCGUCUGAAGCUCUUGGAAAAACACCGUUCUCUGGGGGUCCCACCGAAGCCCCCUCUUCUCUCGCAUUCAGACUUGGAUGAGUCAGAUUAUGACGAUCCCCCGUUCGAGGAGGAAGUAGCCGCUGUGCCGGAAGAAAUGACUGACAAGGAAGAGGCAGGGACCACGCCGGAGACGCGGCGCUGUGUGCGAAUCAACAGCCUGCUGAGCGAAGACGAGCUCAUUGAGGAUUACUUCAAGGCGGAAUCCCCUGUAAACAACCACUGGCAUGAUGGUGAGCACCUCUCUGUGGGCGGUGUGACUCUCCACGGCGGCGAGAUGGACAGGGACGCAUCGUCCAGACAGCUUUCGCCGGUCAUCAAGGCCGGAUGGCUGGACAAGAACCCACCGCAAGGCUCCUACAUCUACCAGAAGCGUUGGGUGAAGCUGGAUCCUGACUACCUCCGCUACUUUGACAGCGAAAAGGACAUUUACUCCAAGCGCUUCAUCCCGGUGUCCUCCAUCACUCGAGUGACCAGCAUCGGGGACCAGAAAUUCGAGGUCAUCACUAAUAACCGGACGUUUGCCUUCCGGGCUGAGAGCGAUGCUGAUCGCAACGAGUGGAUCAGGGCCCUGCAGAAGACAGUGGACGAAAGGAAGGGGCGCUGCUUGGACCGAGGGUCAGUCUUCCAUGCGUCCGGCGGCAGCUUCGAGGCGGUGGACAAGUGUGGGCCUUUGGAGCUGCGGGGCUACAAGAGCAAGCUGUACGUGGCCGUGGCUGGGGAUAAGGUCUUCCUCUACAAGAACGCAGAGGAGUUUCGCCUGGGCAUUGGCAUCACCUACAUUGAGAUGAAUGUGGGGAACGUUAAAGAUGUGGACCGGAGGGGGUUUGAUUUGACGACGCCGUACCGGAUCUUCAGCUUCCUUGCGGACACUGACCAGGAGAAGGAGGACUGGGUGGAAGCCAUGCGGCAGUCCAUCUCGGAGGCCCUUUCCCACUCCGAAGUGGCCGAGCGCAUCUGGAGUGCCGAGGCCAACCGUCUUUGUGCCGACUGUGGGGCCCCCAACCCCGACUGGGGCUCCAUCAACCUCUGCGUGGUCAUCUGCAAGCGAUGUGCAGGGGAGCACCGCGGGCUGGGGCCCAGCAUCUCCAAAGUGCGGAGCCUGAAGAUGGACAAAAAGGUCUGGACGGAGGAGCUGAUUGAGCUCUUCCUCCGGAUCGGGAACUUGACGGCCAACCAGUUCUGGGCGGCCAACGUCCCUCCCAGUGAAGCCAUCCACCCGCAGAGCGACAGCCAGGAGCGCAGGCACUUCCUCACAGCCAAGUACCGGGAGGGCAAGUACCGCAGGUACCACCCGCUCUUCGGAAACCAGGAGGAGCUCAACAAGGCUCUGUGUGCGGCAGUGACCACCACGGACCUGGCGGAGACCCUCGCCCUCUUGUUCUGCGGGGCCGAAGUCGGCUGCUACUCGGGGGACCCCACUUGCCCCAACCCCAUGGCUUUGGCGGAGGCGGCCGGGCAGAGGCUGCAGAUGGAGUUCCUCCUGCAAAACAAGACCUCAGAGACCCCACAGCUGGACGUCUGCACCAGUUUGGAGAAGCACUACUCGGUCGUCUUGCCCUCCGUUGCCCACAAUGGGUUCCUCUACAAAGCCCCCUCCAUGGCGAAGCUGGUCCACGAGCGGAAAGCCCGGGAAGAAUUCAGCCGCCGCUGGUGCCACCUCCAUGACGGCAUCUUCGGCUACUAUGAGAGCAACACCAGCACCGUCCCCAACGGAGAGAUGCGGGUUCAAGAGAUCGUGUCUGUCGUGAACAACCCCCUCGAUGCGCAUGGAUUCUCAAGCACUUUUGAGGUCUACGUAGAAUCGGAGAGACUCUACCUCUUUGGGCUGGACAACCCCGAAGGCAUCAAGGAGUGGGUCAAAUGCAUCGCAAAGUCUUUCCUGCCUCUCGUGGCCGAGGGUCUGCUGAGCCACGACUUUGAGCGCCUCGGGCGUCUGCACUACAAGGGCGGCCUGAACCUGGAGCGGGCCAAGGAGGGCUGGUUUGCCCUGGAGCAGUCCACUUUGUAUGCUUACCUGGAAAACAGCGAGAAGGAGGAGGCCAUUCACCUGCGGAAGCUGCAAGAACUCUCCAUCCAAGGUGACAAUGAGGUCCUUGUGCUGGUGGAGAGAAGAAGGACGCUGUACAUCCAAGGCGAGAGGAAACUGGACUUCUUAGGAUGGGUGGCCGCCAUCCAGAAGGCCGCUGGGAGCUCUGGCGACACUUUGUCCGAACAGCAGCUCACGGACACUGACGUUCCAGUCAUCGUGGACCGGUGCAUCGAUUACAUCACGCAAUGCGGGCUGACCUCGGAGGGGCUCUACCGAAAGAGUGGCCAGAACUCCAAGACCACCGGCCUGCUGGAGAUGCUGCGGAGAGAUGCCCGCAAGGUCCGGCUGAAGGAAGGUGAGCACCAAGUGGACGAUGUGGCCAAUACCCUCAAGCGCUUCUUCCGCGACAUUGGAGAUGGGCUCUUCACCAAGGAAUGCUCUCAGGCCUGGCUCAAAGUCCCCGCCCUUGAGGAUGAGAAAGAGAAGGUUUCCCGGUAUCGGAGGCUGUUGAAUGGCCUUCCGUGGGUCAACCGAGCCACCGUCAAAGCCCUGAUCAACCACCUUUACCGGGUCCAGUGCUUUGCUGACAUGAACCAGAUGAACACGCACAACUUGGCCAUCGUCUUCGGCCCAACGCUCUUCCAGACGGAUGGACAAGACUACAAAGCCGGGCGAGUGGUGGAGGACCUCAUCCGAUGCUACGUGGAUAUUUUCAGUGUGGAUGAGGAGGAAAUGAGGAAGCAGCAGGAGGAGAUCACCGCUAUCAUGAAAAUGAGGAUUGCGGGGUCAUCCAGUGGGACACAGCAAGCCGGUGACUUCAUCUGUACUGUGUACCUGGAGGAGAAGAAGACAGAAACAGAGCAGCAUAUCAGGGUUCCUGCCACAAUGACAGCGGAGGAACUGGUUUUCGAAAUCCUGGACCGGAGGAAAAUCGUCAUGAAGGAGAAAGACUUCUGGAGCUGCUUUGAAGUGAAUGAACGGGAGGAGGCAGAGCGGCCCUUGCACUACAGUGAGAAGGUCCUUCCGAUUUUGCACAGUCUCGGGAAGGACAGCUAUUUGGUCGUGAAGCGCCAGCUUUCCAUGGACAGUAUGUUGCUCUAUCUAGCCAGCAAGGUGGGCGACAGCAAACACGGAAUGAUGAAAUUCCGGGAGGAGAAGAACUUGCUUGGCCUUGGACUCAGCACCGGGUUCCAUGACCGGUACUUCAUCCUCAACAGCGAGUGCCUUCGCCUCUACAAGGAGGUCCGGAGUCAUAAACCUGAGAAAGAAUGGCCAGUCAAGAACCUGAAGAUCUACCUGGGCAUCAAGAAGAAAGCCCGUCCUCCGAGUUGCUGGGGCUUCACCGUCUUUUUUGAGAACGAGAAGAUGGAGAAGCAGCAAUGGUACCUUUGCUGCGAUACCCAGAUGGAGCUCCGGGCCUGGUUUGCCACCUUCCUCUCCGUGCAGCACGGGGGCAACAUCUGGCCCUCGGAGUCGUCCAAAAUCCGGGCAUCUCGGAUCCAGCAGGAUUCCCGACUGGGGAACAUCUCCUUGAUCCCUCUUCGGGGCAACGAGAGCGAGAUGAGGAACAGCGUGGCCGCCUUCACGACCGACCCCCUGACGCUUCUUCGGGAAGUGUGAAACCGGAAGGCGGUUGUGCAAGAUCUGAUGGCAAAAGGCAAAGAAUGAUGGAAGAAGGGGAGGACAAAAGGAAGAAAGGACUGGGAUGGGGAGGAGAGUCAAUUCCUUUUUUCUCCCCAACUGACCCCUUUCCUGAAAACCCCGAAAGCCAAGAAAGUGGGGAUGCCUUCAAGGAAAAACCCCCAACGUUGCAUCCUCUGUUCCUGUCUUUGAUAAAGGGAUAAACGUGGCCAACUUGAGGCUAGAGAGGAACCAGUCGGUGCCAAAUUCAGGACCCAAAUCCAGUCUCCGGCCGGACUUUGGGGUCCUGGUAGCCUCGGUAGGACUGGCAAAUGGGCAUUUUCCUUCUUCCUUGAAUCGAUUUAGGAUGGCAGCCAUAAAAGCCAUUGACUUAGAAUUGAUUCUGGGCAAAACGCGGAAACUUUGGCUCAUCUUGGUUUGGAUAAAUUGAACCGAGUGGAACCGAAACUCGGUGCCGUGAAAAAGACAAAAAUGAGGAAAUUCACACCUAUCUCUUUUCUGCCAUGCUUCAGAGACAAGGAUAAAAGAGGAUGAGAUUCCUCUGACUCUCGGCACACCUUAAAAUGCGGUGAUGACUACACAAUUGUGCAUUUUAAGUCCAUUUUUGGGGCAUGGAAAGGGGAAAAGAGGGCAACCAAAUCAUGGCCAAGUUGCUGGGCAAAAGGAAAGUGCUUCAGGAGGCAGCCUUGGACUCUGGAAGGAAGGAGCAAAGUCGGGCAACAUUUGGGCAUGGAAAGGACCCCAAAUGUAUUUGCGGAUGACAUCCCAUUUGUUUCCUCUGAAGCAUCAGGAGCUGUGAAAAAGGGGGGCAGGUACCAUCUUUCUCAAGCAUCGACCUAUCGUUUUCUUCUCUCUCUUUGGUUGUCGUCACUUUGUUUGGUUAAUAAAUAUUCUCUUGGAGGA